AGUGUUCUUUGGCUGCUGCUGGCACCGCACUGCAUUGUAAUCUCUGACAGUGCCCAGGGCUGUGCGGUAUCUUUAACCGGUAAACAAACAGAAUCCUUAGCUGGCAAUGGCUGCCCAGGUUGGUCAUUUGAAAGACAUCGAGCUUCAACAUCAGCCACAACCAAGCAAAGUCUUGUUUCACCUCCCUGCCACAGUGACAGAGACCCCGCACAGGGAGCCAUUUAUCCAAAUAUCACCCAUGCCCGAUAAUACCGUAAUGGGUGUAGGACAAGAUGGUUUAAUUUCAGUUUGGACUCCAGACCUUAAACUGAAGAAGAGUCGGUCUAUUCUGGAUGAAAAUAAGCAACAAAACAGAAAAAUCAAAUGGAUCUCAGACUCCAUUCUAAUGCCUCAAUACAACAAGCUAAUUAUUGGGACUUGUGACAGAGAGAUACGCCUUUACGAACUUUCUAACUUUGAACCAUACUGCCAAAUUAUUGGACUCGAAACUAUGCCUCUUCACUUGGGAUACAGUCCGAGAGAUGCAGAUGAGUGUGUCAUAUAUUUUGGUGAUGAACAGGGAUGCGUCAACAUCAUUCUGGUUUCAAACGUGGCAGAAACAUUGAGGAACUGGACAAAGAGCCAACUUAUCGACGAAAUCCCCAGUGUUAACAUUGAUUCCAUUGAGGAGCCAGGGAAUGUUAAAUACAUUCGCUGGAAGGUCCAUAAUGACUGGGUGACCCAAAUUAGAUAUGUUCAUUCAAUAGAAUCAAUUAUCUCAAGCUCGAAUGAUGACUACACAGCUCUUGUGAUUGGCUGUGUGGAAGGGACCAAAAACCUACAGCAAAGACUCCGAGACCUUAUGGAUUCGAGCAGCACACAUGGCAGGCGCUCCAUGCUCGGGAACGCUCCUCCCAAGAGAAAUAUCAGUGAUGAAUCCUCGUUCAAAGUGAAAAGGGGUGUCAAGACUUUUGAUUUCUGCAAGGAAAACAACAUCCUUGUGACUGGAGGCUUGGACAGGAUAGUUCGUGUGUGGAAUUCGUAUGUUCCCGGAUGGCCUACUGGUUUACUGCGUGGACACGCUUCACCCAUCACCUUCCUGUGCAUUGGAGAUGGAAACACUAAAAUAUACUCAGUGUCUACAGACUGCACUGUUAUGGUAACAGAACUUUUUGUGUGA